AUGAUUGAAAUUGAUGCUUCCAAUGUGAUAAAUGCCAUCAAUGAUUCUGCCUUAGGGACUCCAUUUGGGCACAUUAUUCAAGACAUUAUUCAAGCCAAAGAAACCUUUGCUUUCUGCUCUUUUAGGCACCUAAACCAGGCUUUCAAUUAUGCAGCUCAUGAGCUUGCUCUCUUUGCCUGUAGGAAUGGUUCUCAUCAAUUGUAUGAAUCAGAAGUUGUUCAGGAAAUCAUUGACAUGAUACUUCAUGAAUUAAAUCGUGAAUUCCCAAAUGCUUGUGAGCACCUUGUUGGAAUGGACUCCCAUGUCGAGAAAAUGAUGAACUUAUGUGGCACUGAACUAGAUGGUGUUCGUUUUAUAGGGAUUUGGGGGAUGGGCGGCAUUGGUAAGACCACUCUGGCAUAUUUCAUUUAUAAAAGAAUUUGCCGUCAAUUUGAAGCUAGUAGCUUUAUUUAUAAUGUUAGAGAAACGGUUGAAAAACAUGGUAUUGUUUAUUUACAAAAACAACUUCUUUCUGAGGCCUUUAUGGAAAAAGAAGCAAACAUUUGGAAUCAUCAUGUGGGAAUCGGAUUGAUAAAGAAGAGACUACCCACCAAAAAGGUUCUUCUUAUUGUUGAUGAUGUUGAUAAAUAUGAACAACUACAAGCAUUAGCAGGGAAUCAUGAUUGGUUCAGUCAGGGAAGUAGGAUCAUUGUAACAACUAAGGAUAAACACCUGUUGGAAAUGUGUAGGGUGGAUUAUAUAUAUAGAGUAGAGGGACUAGCCAAUGAUAAAUCCCUUGAGCUCUUUAGUUUGACAGUGUUUAAUAAAACCACUCCUAGAAAAGAAUUUUUGGAUUUGUCCAAAGGUUUUGUGAAGUAUGCUAAAGGCCUUCCUUUAGCUCUUAAAGUUUUGGGUUCCUCCUUGAUUGGUAAAACAAGAAGUGUAUGGGAAAAUUACUUAGAUCAACUAAAAGAAAAUCAUGAUGGAGAAAUUCUAGAUACACUUGAAAUAGGUUAUAAGGGAUUGAAGGAUACUAUCAAAAAUCUUUUUCUAGAUAUUGCGUGUUUCUUCAAAGGGGAGGACAAAGAUCGAGUGGUAGAUAUAAAAGGUUCUAGUUGCUAUAUGGAUUUGGAAACUCUCAAUGACAAAUCUCUCAUUACCAUUUUAGGGAGAAAAUUGUGGAUGCAUGACUUGCUACAAGAAAUGGGUUGGAGAAUCGUUUGUCGUGAAUCAUUUCAAGAGCCUGGAAGACGCAGUAGGUUAUGGCUUUGUGAGGAUAUAUUCCAUGUACUAAAGAACAAUACGGGAACAAAAAUUGUUGAAGGCAUGGUGCUAAACUCGCCUCUGCAUAAAGAAGACUUGAAUGCCAAAGCCUUCUCAAAUAUGAAAAGACUAAGGAUGAUUAAAAUUUGCAAUGUGCACCUUCCACAAGGCCUUAGUUUUCUUUCUAAUGAGUUACGAGUGAUGGAAUGGCACGAUUACCCUUUGAAAUUCAUGCCAAGGCGUUUCAACCGAACAAUCUUGUUGAACUCAUUAUGCCUCAACUUGGACAAGUUAAAACUCAUGGAUCUUAGUAACUCCCAAAACUUAAUCAUGACUCCUAACUUUAAUGGACUCCAAAGUCUUGAGAGGCUAAUUCUUCGAGGUUGCAUAAGAUUGCAUAAGCUUCACCCAUCCGUUGGAUCUCUCAAACGCUUGUUAGAGCUUAAUUUGGAUGGAACUGCUAUAGAAGAACUACCUUUAACAAUUGAGGAUUUGACCAGUCUGACUUUGUUAAGUCUUCAAAAUUGCAAAAAACUUUUGAGCUUUCCAAGUGUGUGUUUGCCAUCUCUAAAAAUUCUCAUUCUAAAAGGAUGUAAUAAGGUUCAACCACCUAAAUCAUGGCUUCUGCAAGGACUCUCCCGCAUCUGUGCUCCACAUGAUUUAUUGAAAGAUUGCUUCUUCCCUACCCAAGAUCCCAUCAACUUGUUAUUGCCAAGGUCAUCUGGGUUAAGCUUCAUGGUAUCUUUGGAUCUAAGUGACUGCAAUUUAUUAGACGGAGCACUCCCCGGUGAUCUUAGUUGCUUAUCCUUGUUGCGGUCUCUGAAUUUGAGCAACAACAAGUUUACACACUUGCCUAGUAGCAUUUCUCAGCUUUCUAGUCUUAAAAUUUUUGAGUUGAAAGAUUGCAGUAGGCUUCAAUCAUUGCCAGAUCUUCCCUUAAGUACACUAUAUGUAAUGGCACAAGGAUGUCCACUGGAAAAUUAUUCGAAUCAAGUUAUGUGGACGUCGGGUGAAACAGGAUUCACUACUGUUGAUUUUUACGGGAAUGAAGGAGAAAUUACUUACUCAGGUUUGUUUACGCCAGUAGAUCAGUUAGAGCUACUGUGGGAAAGACAUGUGAAGGCGGCAAUUAACCAAGAUGUUGAACUUGGCAUCUAUUCACUUGUAACUGAAAUUCCAAAGUGGUUCAUCCGUCAGGGCCCUCCAUCAUCUGUAACAAUCCCUUCUUCUGAUCUAUGCACAAAUAGUUAUUGGAGAGGAAUUGCUCUAUCUGUUGUUUGUGUAGACUCUGAAAAUUUUAAUGACCUUUUUUCGGGGCUGGAUUUAAAAUUUCUUGCAGAGUUCAAUUUUCGUUCCAAUAUGAAUAGAGUUCGUGUAGAAUGUUAUCCUCUAGUCCUAAAGCGCAAUGGAUUCCUGGAUGCUAGUUCAUUUACAUUUCAUGUAUACAUACCAGCUGCAAGACUUGGAGACCACUUAGAUGAGUGUGAUUGCAUUGGUGCUUCGAUUGCAAUUGAACACCCUUUUAUUGAGCCUACAAAGUGUGGUGUGCGAAUAGUGUUCAGUCAAGAUGUGGAAGGGUUUGCACAAGCUAUAUUCCCAGAUGGUGUCCAGAGCUAUCCAUGUCCUGGAAGUUCCAUAUCCAAAUGCCAGGUUGAUAUGGUGGAAUCUAGUAUGUCCAAAGGCCAAAAUGACUCAAACAUCAUGCAAGAAAAAAAGUUCAAGUGUUUGCUUUCGACAUUGUAUCAGGUUUCCUGUGAUCUUCCCAAAACACCAUAUUUCGGCAUCUCAUUUUAUCUCACUCACUGA